UGUUCCCAUGAUCUAGAGAGAGAGAAGUCCUCAUAAUCUAGAGGGAGAAAAGACAUGAGAUUAGCAAAGAAGACGCUGAGGUUUCAGGCUGAUUAAGGACGUUAAUCUAGAGAGAGAAAGGGUGUUUGUCAUUUGGUGGUGCACUCUACUACUCUCUAUCUCCAAGCUUACUCUCUCUCUCUCUCUUCAUUACUCUCUCUCUCAUUGCUUCAAGUUAGUGAUCUCUCUCUCUCCUCUUUCUCUCUCACACACAUCUCUCACAUAAUCUACAUCCCACCCUCUCUCUCUCACACGCACUACAUUGUACCAUCAGUAUUGCACCUCUCUCUCUCUAACACAUACAUAAUUCUCAGUCUGGCAAAAAGUACUCUCUCCCUCUCUAAACUGAGUAAGUAAAACGACCAACCUACUCCCCCCACUUCACCAUGGACUCUUUCUCUCUCCUCCUCCUCCUCCUCCUCCUCUCUCUCCUCUCAGCCUACCUCCUCUGGUUCCUCUCUCUCUCCGCCCGCCUCUCUGGCCCGCGAGUCUGGCCCUUUCUGGGGAGUCUCCCCUCUCUCUUCCUCAACCGCCGCCGCCUCCAUGACUGGAUCGCCUCCAACCUCAAAAACUCACCAACCUUAACCUACCAAACCUGCAUUUGCCCCCUUCCCUUUCUCUCACUAAAACAAGGCCUCGUCACUGUAACUGCGAACCCGAAAAACCUCGAACACAUCCUCAAGACCCGGUUUGAGAACUACCCCAAAGGCCCCCACUGGCAGGCGGCCUUCCACGACCUCCUUGGCAGUGGAAUCUUCAACAGUGACGGUGAAUCGUGGGUGGUCCAGAGGAAAACCGCCGCGCUCGAGUUCACGACCCGGACCCUCAAGAACUCGAUGGCUCGGUGGGUCAACCGGGCCAUCAAGCUCCGGCUCUGGUGCAUCCUCGAUCGAGCGCAAACCCUGGAAAAAGCAGUGAACUUACAGGACCUCCUCCUGAGACUAACCUUCGACAACAUCUGCGGGUUAGCCUUCGGGAAGGACCCCGAAACUUUGAGCCCGGAUUUUCCAUUAAACCCGUUUUCCGGAGCUUUUGAUAAAGCGACAGAGACCACUCUGCAGAGGCUUCUGUACCCUGAAUUUCUAUGGAAAAUCAAGAAAAUAUUUGGAUUAGGCAUGGAACCAGAGUUAAACAGGUGCAUUAAGGUGGUUGAUGACUACUUAACUGAGAUAAUUGCAUCAAGAAAAGAAGAGAUUAUUUCCGGAACCGAGCCUGAAAGGGACGAUCUCCUCUCCCGAUUCAUGAAAAGGAAGGAUAUUAAUGGUAAUCACUACACUAAUCUGGCAUUAAGGAGAAUAGCUUUGAAUUUUAUAUUGGCAGGGAGAGACACUUCAUCAGUGGCCUUAAGCUGGUUUUUCUGGCUCCUGACCCGAAACCGAGAAAUCGAGCGAAAGGUCCUUGCCGAAAUCGCCGAGACUUUGACGAAAUCCCGGGGACCGGACACGAACCAGUGGAUUGCCGAGCCGCUCAGCUUCGAAGAGCUGGACCGGCUCGUGUACCUUAAGGCCGCAUUGUCUGAGACCCUGAGGCUCUACCCGUCUGUCCCGCAGGAUUUCAAGUACGUUAUUUCUGACGACGUCUUGCCGGAUGGGACCGAGAUAACGGCUGGCUCGUCCGUUACGUACUCGAUCUAUUCGGUCGGGCGCAUGGAGUCGGUAUGGGGACCGGACUGCCUUGAGUUCAAGCCGGAACGUUGGCUUGGGACUGGUGACUCCCGAUUCCAGUCCCUCAAAGAGGGGUUCAACUCGUUUAAGUUCGUGGCCUUUAACGGGGGACCUCGGAUUUGUUUGGGCAAAGACUUGGCUUAUUUGCAAAUGAAGUCGAUCGCUUCGGCCGUGCUUUUACGCUAUAGACUUGAACGCGAUCCGGGUCAUAAGGUGGAGCAAAAGAUGUCUCUUACUUUGUUCAUGAAGAAUGGGCUCAUGGUCCGAGUCAACCCUAGGGACCUCAAGGCUAUAGUGGUUUAGCUUUAUGGGGUGUGUUUUUUUUUUUUUUGUCCCCCUAAGUAAUCAUGUGGGCUUCUUGUUUUCUAUGUUGUUGUAUGUGUGUUUUGAGUUUUUGCAUGUUAAUUGUUUCAAUUUCUUAAUUCCUUGUCCAAAGGGGGUUUUGUGGGGUUAAUUCUCACUUGUGAGAGAAAAAGAUCUAUUGUUAGGUAUAAGCUAUAUUGUUAGGUAUAAGCUAUGUUUACAUGAAAUAAAGUGGAAGUUGUAUGA